AUGCAAGAACGUCCUUCUUCAACAUCCAACACAGAUACAAGUAAUGCUGAUGAUCAUCAUUCAAAUCAUCAUCCCGACGUGACUACCACAUGGAAUAAAUUGGACAAGACAAAAUUCUAUUCUAUCGGAGUGUUGGCUUCAUAUGGAUUACGAUCCAUCUUUUUUCCAAUCAGUUUGAUAGGAGCUCAUCAAGUAGCAAAUUUACAGGCCCAUGAAAGUAUGUCGACAGUGGCCAAACGAAUUUAUUCUCAACACGGACUGAGAGGUUUUUACAGAGGAUACUUUUCAGCUGCUACUGGCAAAUGUAUUGUACAAUUUACCUAUUUAAGUUCUCUCGAAUUUAUUAAUCAAUAUUUACUUUCCAAACGUGAAAAGCAUGAACAUGAUUAUUUUUCACAAUUAAGCACUUUUCAAAGACAAGCUCUUUCUGGAUUACUCGCUGAAGUGAUUUCCAAUUUCAUUGUCGUUCCAUUUGAUGUUGUUUCUCAACGAUUAAUGAUUUCUCAAGUGACUCAUCCCAAUGAACAUGUUAAAUUUUCACAUGUCGUGCGAGAAGUUUGGAAAAUGGAAGGAUUGAGAGGACUCUAUCGAGGAACUUUGCCGACGUUAUUGACCUAUGGACCUGAAUCUGCUAUUGCUUGGGGAACAUUUUCAGCACUCAAAGAAAACAUUUCACAAUUAUUGGUUCCCUAUGUUGGAGAGAAGGAUUUUCAAAUAAUGGUCAUGUCAGCUGUGAGUAGUGGUGCCAUGACAGGCGUGGUCACAGCAUCGAUUUUUCAUCCGUUUGAUAUUAUUCGACUGAGAAUUCAAACGGGAAUUGCCUUGAGUGGUGCAAGUAGUAGUGGAGGAUCACACAAAUUUGGAUCCUCAUCAAUUCGAGAAGUGAUUGUGGAUUUAAUGAAGCGUGAAGGUUUGAGAGGUUUUACAAAAGGAAUCUCGUCCAAGCUCAUGUAUAAUUCAGGUACUAUGGCCUUAGCCAUGACUGUUUACGAUAUCUUAAAGUGGAGUUCAAGAUCAAAAUAG